CCGAAAGUCACCGGAGGGAGGUUUUCCUGAAAACUUUGCGUACCGUCAUCACGGAAAUCGGGAUAUCACAGGAACGAUCGAAAUAUUAUAAUUUCGUGAUAACUUAAUAAUCGUUAUAGUAGAUUGGGGGAACUUUUGGAGUUUAUGGCUUCGAUGAAAUAGCGUGCAGCGCGUGUUUUCAUAAUGUGAACACACGAUGUAUUAUAAUGAGUAGUGGGAAUAUUAAAACAAAUGUGUAUUUUUUUCUUGUAAUAGGAACAUUCGCUUUUGUCGCGUGUGUUAAAAUAAAUAAACUUCAAGUGCCGGAAGUGAUACAACAUGGAAAUGCUGCUGUGUUGGACUGCGAUUUUACACUGGAAGAAACUGACGAAGACUUAGUGGUCAAGUGGUUCUUCAAUAAGAAUAAUAGAACACUAGUCUAUCAAUGGAUACCAGCGUCCAAAAGCCGGCCUCAAGUGUUAGGCAUCCUAAAGGAUCGUCUCAACCUGGAAUAUGCUGCAAGUGUGGAUGCAAAUAGUAUACAUAGAGCCUUACACAUUCUUCAAGCAGGGCCUGAUUUAUCAGGGGAAUACACUUGUUCUGUGUCAACUUUGCAAAGCGAAGAUAUCAGAACGAAAAGUAUGCUAGUAUUUGUUCCAGAAAGGAGUCUCAUACUACGCCGCCUUAGCUCAGACGAAGGCUCGCUGAGGGUUCAAUGUAUAGCAGAAGGAGUUUUCCCUACUCCCAUUAUAUCAUUAUAUUCUCAAGAUAGGGAACUGACUGAGGCCCAGGUAACGUCAAGACAGCGUGGGCAGCUGUACGACAUUUCAGCGACAGCGACAUUAGAGGCUCUGAAGGAGCCCGAGGAGUUUUCCUGCGACCUAAGGAUUCCCGAGGCGAACUACACGGUUCGCAGAGAGACAGUUAUUUACCCCGGAAAUGAAGGACCUCCUAUUCGAAGUGGUAAAAUGAUGAUCAUAUCAGCAUGCAUACUGAUAAUCUGCAAGUCUCUCCCUUUCAGAGAAAUCAUUAAAGGGACCUGGUGAUCUACAAAACUGAUCUAAGAUGAGCAUGAUUUACUACGUUAUAAUGAAUAAAAUAUCGAUGUUGAAAUAAAUAUUUUUCUUUGAGACGUUUAUAUUGUUUUCGCUGAAUUAUAUUGGGAGAAAUAAAGUCAAUUUAUAAGAAA